GGCGCUAGCGCGGCGCAUGCGCGCUGCAUUGUUUUGACUGAAAAUGCCGUCGGUUUCGAAAGCCGCGGCGGCGGCGCUGAACGGGUCCCCCCCGCAGACCGAGAAGCCGACCCACUAUAGGUAUCUAAAGGAGUUUAGGACAGAGCAGUGCUCCCUGUUUUUGCAGCACAAGUGCAGCCAGCACAGGCCGUUCACCUGUUUCCAUUGGCAUUUCCUAAAUCAGCGUCGGCGCAGACCACUCCGACGGCGCGAUGGUACCUUCAACUACAGUCCGGACGUGUACUGCUCCAAAUACGAUGAGGCCACUGGCCUGUGUCCCGACGGCGACGAAUGCCCCUACCUGCAUCGAACAACUGGGGACACAGAGCGCAAGUACCACCUGCGCUACUACAAGACAGGCACAUGUAUCCAUGAGACAGAUGCACGGGGCCACUGCGUGAAAAAUGGGCUACACUGUGCCUUUGCGCAUGGCCCCCUGGACCUGCGGCCACCUGUGUGUGACAUCAGGGAGCUGCAGGCUCAGGAAGCCUUGCAGAAUGGCCAACUUGGCAGUGGGGACGGCAUUCCUGAUCUGCAGCCUGGGGUCUUGGCCAGCCAGGCCAUGAUCGAGAAGAUCCUGGGUGAGGACCCUCGGUGGCAAGACACUAACUUCGUAUUGGGCAGCUAUAAGACUGAGCAGUGUCCGAAGCCACCACGCCUAUGCCGCCAAGGCUACGCCUGUCCACACUAUCACAACAGCCGAGACCGCCGGCGGAACCCCAGGAGGUUCCAGUACAGGUCCACGCCCUGCCCUAGUGUGAAGCAUGGUGAUGAAUGGGGCGAGCCUUCACGGUGUGACAGUGGGGACAACUGUCAGUACUGCCAUUCCCGCACGGAGCAGCAGUUUCAUCCUGAGAUCUACAAAUCUACGAAAUGCAAUGACAUGCGCCAAACUGGCUAUUGCCCUCGGGGUCCUUUCUGUGCUUUUGCACAUAUUGAGAAGAGCCUGGGAAUGGUGACUGACUGGAGCUGCCGCGAUCUCAACUCCAAUAGUACCUCGACCCACAGCAGCCAACCUGGAAGCGCCAAACGAAAAGAUUCUCCUGCUGAAGGAAGCCAGAAAGCCAGCGAAGACAAUAAGCAGAAUCACCUUGCUGUGUUCUCAGUGGUUCACCCGCUGGUUCCCAGUGUAAGCUCCAGUGUGGCAUCUAGCCUGGCGUCAAGCACUGGCUCAGGUAGCUCCUCCCCAACUGCUCUGCCUACCCUCCCUGCUCGAGCUCUCCCACUGGACCCUGCUGGCAACACUGUGGAGGCGGUCCUAGGUUCUGCCUUAGAUCUCCGUCUUAGUGACAUAAAUAUCGCCUCCUUAGAUAAAGAUCUGGAAGAGCAGGACAGCCGUGACCUUGGCCUGACAGGUCCCAGGUCGUUGGCAGGCUCAGCACCCGUCACCAUCCCGGGCUCCCUGCCCCGCUCGCCAUCCCUGCACUCGUCCUCGUCCCUGUCCACCUCCCCACUCAGCUCGUUCUCCCAGUCCCUGUCGGGGCCACUCGUCUCCUCGGCCAUGACACCCCCCCAGCAGCCAACACCCCUCCGGUCGGAGCCGGCUACACUAGGCUCUGCAGCCUCGUCUUACAGCUCUUUAGGUUUGAACGGCGUCCCUGGGAGCAUCUGGGAUUUUGUUUCUGGCAGCUUCUCUCCUAGCCCAUCCCCCAUUCUGAACUCUGGCCCCUUGGCUUCCUCAAAUACAAGUCCAAACAGUGCCGAGCUGGCACGGGUCAGGCGGCAGCUAGAUGAGGCCAAGAGGAAGAUCAGGCAAUGGGAAGAGUCUUGGCAGCAAGUGAAGCAGGCUUGUGAUGCCUGGCAGAGAGAGGCGAAGGAGGCGAAGGAGCGAGCUCGGGUGGCAGACAGUGACCGGCAGCUGGCCCUACAAAAGAAGGAGGAGGUAGAGGCCCAGGUCAAGCAGCUGCAGGAAGAACUUGAGGGCCUGGGCUUGUCCUCAUUGCCUGGGCUGCGGAGCUUGGGUGAUAUCAGUGAUAUCCCUCUCUCCAAGUUGCAUUCCUUGCAGAGCCAACUGCGCCUGGACCUGGAGGCUGUGGAUGGGGUGAUCUUCCAACUCCGUGCCAAGCAGUGUGUGGCCUGCCGGGAGCGGGCCCACGGCACUGUCCUGCAGCCCUGCCAGCACCGUGUCCUAUGUGAGCCAUGCGCAGCCAGUGCUCCUGAAUGCCCCUACUGCAAGGGUCAGCCCCUCUCGUGGUGACCAGAGCCAGGCUCCACUCCCUCCCUGGUGAGCAGUGCAGAGGCCACGACGUACCAUGUGCCACUAGUGUCAUAAUUGCCUCCAGUACCACCCACGUCAGGACGUGAGUUCAUGCCACUGUCCACCCUAGGCCUUUUGUAUUACUUUUCUUACCCACCAUGUCCCACCACCGGUGUCAAGGUAUUCUCAAAAAUCUUAAAAGCACCACCAAACCCACUGCCUGUCCCUUGGGCAUGUGGUUGGUGCCCCAGUCCUGACGCUGCUGUGGCCAGGCUAGUGGGAGGUCAGGCCUCGUCAAAGCACUUUGUAAACCGAGGAAUUUAGUUAGAUGUUAUAAAUUGUAUAAGCUGCUUUCUAGGUCCAUGUUUUUUAAUAUGCUAUAACAUGAAGCUUUAUAAGUGUACUGUGAACUUGAAGUUUCAUAUCAGUUUGUCGUUAACUCAUAGUAAUGGUAACUACAUUAGCUUUCAUAUUCUGAAACUACUUAAGAAAUGAACAUUUAUUUAGUAGUGAGGAAGACCUAGGAUUUUUACAUUUUAAAAUUAAGUGCAAACAAAUAGUAUUUAUAAGCAGAAUGGUUAUUGAAAGACACAUACAUGUUCAGAUGUUUUUAAUUUUAUGAAAGGAACUAAUUUCCCUAAACAUGUGCAGGUGCACAUGUAGUUGGGAGUUUUAUAUUCCAGUAUCGUAGAGUGAUAACCAGAGCUCUAUCAUGCACUAUGUGAUCCGUGGCCACUUCUAAGUGCCUAUGCCUUGCAAAAGAAGUGAAGAAAUUGGUUCGUUUGGUUUUGUUUUCUCCCUUGAAAGAAAAUUUCAUGCUAAUGAAAAGUGCAGCAGAAGGAUCAGACAUCAGAGGACUCCAAGAUUGACUUGAGAAGGAGCUAUGUUCUGAUGUCUGUGAUGGCAGCGGUGCUUUGUAACCUCUUGAGUUGCCUGGGGCAUUAUGGCUUGCACUGAAUGAGGGGGCUGUGAACCCAAGACUUUGAGUCUGCUGUAUCUGUGACCACCCUCACCUCUAGCUGAGUCAGAACUGCCCAAUGGCAUUGUAUGAGUCCAGGUGACAGUUUUAGUUGAUACUUGGUACCUGACCUGUGUGUGUAGUUAUCAGAAUUCAUCCACGUGACCAUCAUGGUGCCUCAGUAGCCUGACUAUCCCAGCUCUGCUGCAGUACCCCAUAAGCUCCUGGGGCAUGGCAGGGUCCCCAACAGCUUGGCCUUCGGCCCAUGGCUCAGAUUAUGUCAAGAAUGUGUCUAGGGCUAUGCACUUGAGCCCUCUCUGGUCAGGACUGGAACUGACCCUGGAAAUCUAGGGAAGAGACAUCUGUCCAGACAGACCCUGCCCUCUGUGGCAGACUUGGGCAGGAUAGGUGCCCCACCUGCUGGCUCUGCCCAGGUCUAGAAGUGGCUGGCAGGUUCUCUUCCCCUAUGGCUUUGCCAAAGACUUUUAAUAGCAUUUUUUAAGUGCAAAGUGACUAGGUAAAACAUUUUUAUCAGUGACCAAAUUAGAAUGUAUUUAAUAUAGUAGAUUUAAAAACAAUUUUAAUAUAAGACAAACUGAUAGAAAAGCUCUAUCACUUUUAAUGGAAGUGGAUCCUUGACAUUCCGCAGCUAGCCCACUACUUAAGGUAACUAUUGACCUUGUUUUAGUGACUAUUUGUUUUUAAUUAUAGUGAUAAUGAUUUAUUAGCUCAGUACCUAGAUCAUGUAUAUUUUGUGCUACUGUUACAAGGUUUAAGAUUGUUUAUUUUUAUUCAUAUUUAUGCACUUGUUUCUCAUGUCAGGCCUUUGGUCUCUGUGGUAACAGGACACUGUUCGUGACAUAUCUCAUCUAGACAUUUUCAAUUUGUAACAGUUAAAAGCACUAAGUGUUAGAUUGUAAGCUACUCUGGUCAAGCUCCUCAGGAGGAGCUUGACCAGAGCUCUAGAGCUCCAGGGCUAACAUUCCAGGCUGGAGGGCUGCUGUGCAACGGCCGGAAGAAGCAGGAGGUAGUGCCCACUGCUUCCCAUGAAGGGAGCUUUGCUGAAUACCUGCUCUUCUAGGACUAGGCUAGGCUCUUGAGGAUAGGUGCGCAGGGGGAGGACCAAAGAAUUUCCCUGAGGGGGGGCUGUGUCUCCCAUCUAUCCCAGCCCUCCUGUGAGCUAAGGCCUCCCAAGACCUCUCCUGGAUGGGAAGGGCUGAGGAGGGAAGAUGGGCUCAAGGCCCAUGAGCGGGUGGCUCACUACUAUCCUUCCUGUUGCCUGUUGUCAUUUGACUCUCUAGUGUUAAAUAUUAGCAGUAAAUGAUAGUGUUGCAGUUUUGUGUAUCUGGUUGGCAGAUCUUUCCCCAGUGUGAAUGCGCAUGUGGAUUAAUUUAUGGAAGCCCCCAUGUGAGUUUAUUUUCAGCCAUUAGUUGAGAAUGUUAUGUGAAUGGAAUCUUCUUAACCUAGAAGGUCAUAUUUAUAUUGCAUACCCAUUUACUUGUAGUGAAUUGUUUAAAGUUAACACUUGUUUAAAUUUUUUUUACACUAUAGCAUUUAUGCAAUGGUUUACAGAAUUCAUGGAAUUAUUUUUUAUCAGUAUGGGAAUUAAAACUUUGAAUCUUUA